ACAGAACAGCUGUCUUACUACAUUGUUUUUGUAUAGGUUAUGUUCAUGUAAUAAAAGUAAGAUAAUGUUUUAGUGUUAGUUUUUUGUUUUGGUAUUUAUUCAACAAUGCUUCUUUUCAAGUUUUUAAUUAUAAUAAUUAGCUUUAAUUGCUAUAAUGCUGAUUUCUUAUCUAAUAUGUUUUCAAAAGUAGCUGAUGUAGUAUACUACCAAUGUGAAAUAGACAAAAAUCAUGACAUGAUAGAUCUACAUUACAAGCUUAAGAAAAAUUUAUUCGGGCAGCCGUUGGUUGAAGACGUAGUUAUAAAUGCAGUUUCAGCCCAUAUAAAGGGAAAUUCACAGAAGCCUCUUACAAUUAGUUUCCACGGCUGGCCUGGUUGCGGGAAGAAUUUCGUAGCUGACUACAUAGUGGAAAGCCUGUUCCACAAAAAGGAGAAAAGCAUCAAUUAUUUUCUCUUUACCAGAGCAACGUUUCUCCAUCUUGAACAUGACAUUUACGAAUAUCGAACGCAACUCAAGAAGAAGCUGAUUGACAGUGCAUGGCGAUGCCCUCACUUCCUCUUCAUAUUCGACGAAGUCGAUAAAAUGCCAAAAGGUGCUCUGGAUGUUGUCAAAAGUUUUAUCGAUUAUCGAACACAAAUAGAUAAUGUCGAUUUCAGAAAAACAAUUUUCAUCUUCUUGUCCAAUGUUGGAAGCAACAAAAUUGUACAAAAAACCAUAGAACUUUGGGAGAAAGGUGUGGUGAGGGAAGAUUUCAAAAUGGAGGAUUUCGAGAGUUUCUUAGCGAUAGAAGCUUUCAACGAUGACACCAGCGGUUUUUACAUGAGUGACAUAAUUGAGAGUCAUCUCAUCGAUCACUAUGUGCCUUUCCUACCUCUUGAAGAGGAGCAUGUGAGAAAAUGCAUCAAGGCUGAAAUAACAAAGCAAAGCGCUCACUUAUUAAACGUCGACGAAGUAUUGGAUAAAAUCAAGAGAACACAGCCUUUCGGACCAAAGCCCUACAACUUGUACGCCAGCUCCGGUUGCAAGCAAAUCAAGGAAACGGUCAGCUUCCUACAGAUGAAAAAAUCGCGAAGAAAAGACGAGUUCUAGUCAAUUCACACUUGGAAACAUCACCAUGCUAUUGUUUGCUGCCUCCUUGUAUGUUUUAAUCCUUUUUUAUCCAUCUAUAUAGCAUGCAUAAGCAUGAUUCUUAGCUGUCACUGUGUUUUAAAUUACAAACUUGUGUUGAACAAAACAUUUUUCAUUCCAUCAGAGCAUUUUGAUCUCGAAUCGUGUAUAUUCUGUAGGUAUGAUUUCUCGGCAUUGUUGACUGAUUCUUUUUAGUGUUUAGCGGUAGCUGUUGUAAGAUUAUUGUGAUGGGUAUCGUUGAGAACGUUGUGUUUGGAAUGCAAUAUAUGAAAACACCAGUCAAUUUGUAUCACUGUGAUGAUUUGUUGGAAAUAUUGUUUGAAUAAAGUAUUUUUAUCUUCUAA